UGCGCCCCAUAGACAGACACCACCGCCAGUCCGUAGCACGCUUUCGCCCACUGCGGACGGGAGGACAGUCAGGGAGGAGAGACAGGGAGUGAGUGAGUGAGUGAGUGAGCGAGGGAGGGAGUGACACGCCAGCGACAGAGGAUAGAACGCAAGGUCUCCGACGACCCACCAGCUCCCCGACGCUCAGCCCUCAGCCCACGCCGCCGCCGUCCUGUCAAGCGUCCCUCUCCUCCAGCGCGAUGUCGCUCUCAGCCGCCUUGACUCGGACCCGCACCAGCCUGCUCCUCCUCGUCGCCUCCGCCGUCGUCUCUGUCAGGGGUGGAGUGCUCGAGCCGUUCGAUGACUUCUCCUACGAGGGCAACCAGGGCCCGGACCACUGGGGCGAGCACUACCAGACGUGCCGGGGCAAAUACCAGUCGCCCAUCGACAUCGACGAGCAUCACGUGUCCCGGGUGCACCUGCCACCCAUCCGGUACGAGGGCUUCGAGACGCCGCCCGAGACCUCCACCAUCACCAACAACGGCCACACGGUCCUGCUCAAGUUCAACAUGUCGGAGCCCGCCAUGAUCUCGGGCGGUCCGCUCAAGGGCCGCUACGUGUUCAGUCAGCUGCACUUCCACUGGGGCCAGAACGACUCUGUGGGCAGCGAGGACCUCAUCAACAACCACAGCUACCCCAUGGAGUUGCACAUGGUGUUCUACAAAAGGCAGUAUGGCUCGCCGGAGCAGGCGCAGCUGCAUAGCGACGGCCUGGUCGUGCUCGCCUUCUUCUACGAGGUGAUGCCGUCCGACAACGCGGUGUACUCGGAGAUGGUGGACUACCUGCCGCACAUCGAGACGCCCCACACCAAGUUCGGGCUGCGGCGGCAGCUCACCCUGGCCUCGCUCAUCCCGUGCGCGCGCUCGCACUACUUCACGUACCACGGCUCGCUCACCACGCCGCCCUGCCUCGAGGUCGUCACGUGGAUCGACUUCAAGCACCCCAUCCGCCUGUCGCACGCCCAGCUCGAGUCCUUCCGCCGCCUGCGGACGCAGCACGGCUUCCUCACGCACAACGCGCGGCCCGUGCAGCCCCUCGGCGGCCGCAACGUGUGGUAUAACGCGGGCGAGCUCAACCUGGACGACGCCGACUCGGCGUCCGGCCGCCCCCUCUCCAGCUUUAGCUCCGGCGCCGCCCUGCUCCUCGCGCUCGUCCCCGCCUUCCUCGCCAGAUAGACGGGACGCCGCCGUAACGGCCGACGAUGCCCCUUGCUCGCCAGGGGUGGGGAUUUAAGUGCGACACCACAAAAAAAAAAUUGUAGAUCCCCCAUCCCCCACCACCACCCUCUCCCCGAACAUGGCUGAAUUUUGCCUAAAAGUGAUACUAUGUACUUGUAAGCUACUGUAUUUAUUAUUGUUUAGAUGAUCGUUUCGUUAAGAACAGAGGGCCAAGAAACAUUAUGUUGCUCUAUGCAUUUUAUUAAAUCUGCCCCAUAAGAUACUGCGUGCCAUUGUUUGACUGAGCAAAAGGAGAUAGCAGAACUCUGUUUUUAGUUAGCUGAUAAGUAAGGUAAAUCCCCAAUUUAGCUUUCUAAAUGAUUCAAAAUUGGGAACCUUAAUUUUAUACCAAAGAGAUAGUCAUAUCGCUCUAAAUAUUUUGGUGUGCUAGAAAAAAAAAUACAAAAGUAUUUCUGUACAGUAAAAAUAUAAUUCACUAUUCCCUCUAAAUUAUAUUGGAAUAAAUUUGACAGGUAUGCUGGUAUGCCUUCACAGAAAAAAAAAAGACUUCAGUUUAUAUAAAUUGAUGCAAUGCAGAGAAAGUUUUUAUAAAAUCUUUCUAGCACAUUCAAAUAAAGUACAAUUAUAAUUGUGUAUUUUCUUGUACUUAGACCUAAUACCGAACAACAGAGAAAAUGUAAUCUACAAGCAUGUAAAGAAAGACAUGAGAAUAGAUUUCAGUAAUUUGUUGUAAGAGAUAUGAAAUGUAAAAUAAAAAUUAAAAGGUUUCUGCUA